AGAACAGUUAAGCCGCUGUACCUGUUCUACAUCAGAGCAAAAAGAGCGUCUUUCCUGGGGCGAAGUGAAAUACACUCCCACCCAUUUGGGUUUCGCCGUUCGUUCUGUGUAUUGGAGGCUCCAGGGCUGCUGGGGAGGAGCGAGGCUCGUCUUUAUCAGUAAGACAGCGCCGCUGCUCGAGCUCUACACUGACCGUCUGCCGCGCGCAAUCACCGCUUGAUCGGAACCCGCGCGGAGUCUCCGUUAUCUCGCCGUGCUCCACUGCAGCAGAAGGGCAAGAGGAACUCCUGAGAGGAUCACUCAUUUCAUCUUCGCUGACCCUUCCUGGGAGAAAAACACGGACUUAACUGACACCUGUCCUGGGAGAUACUUAGUCGAAGACCUUUGCGUGUAACUCAGUGGAAGACAGAAGUUUUAGCCAUCUGUACCGUUGAACGUUUGUAACCUUGGAACUCGUAGCUGCUGUUCGGUGAUGAUGGGACCGUGGCUCGUCUCCAUCGCCCUCUGCGUACAUCUCGCUGUCCCGCAUCUCGUCAAAGUUCCUUUAUAUCCCUCCAUAGCAGCAGAUGGUGAGGAUCCGACUUCAGCAGGACCCUGUCAUCCAAACCCUUGUCACAAUGGAGGCACCUGUGAAAUCAGUGAAACGUUCAGGGGCGACACAUUCAUUGGAUAUGUCUGCAAGUGCCCAUCAGGCUUCAACGGAAUCCACUGCCAACACAAUAUUAAUGAAUGCGAAAGAAGCCCCUGUAGAAAUGGGGGGAUCUGCACAGAUCUGGUUGCGAACUAUUCCUGUGAAUGCCCAGGGGAAUAUAUGGGAAGAACCUGCCAGUACAAAUGUUCCGGUCCGCUGGGCAUGGAGGGUGGAAUCAUCUCCAACCAGCAGAUAACGGCCUCCUCCACUCACCGAGCUCUCUUCGGCCUCCAGAAAUGGUACCCUUACUUUGCCCGGCUGAAUAAGAAGGGUCUUGUGAACGCCUGGACCGCAGCCGAGAAUGACAGAUGGCCCUGGAUUCAGAUUAACCUACAGAGGAGGAUGCGGGUCACAGGAGUGAUAACCCAAGGAGCCAAGCGUAUCGGGAGCCCAGAAUAUGUUAAGUCGUACAAAGUGGCCUACAGCGAUGACGGAAAGACCUGGAGGACAUACAAAGUCAAGGGCACAGAUGAAGAUAUAAUCUUCCGUGGGAAUAUUGAUAACAACACUCCAUUUGCCAACUCCUUCACCCCUCCUAUCGAGGCUCAGUAUGUGAGGAUCUACCCGCAGGUGUGCAGGAGACACUGCACUCUUCGCAUGGAGCUCCUGGGUUGUGAGCUCACGGGGUGUUCGGAGCCAAUGGGCAUGAAGUCUGGCCACAUUCAGGACUACCAAAUCACAGCCUCCAGCAUCUUCAGAACUCUUAACAUGGACAUGUUCACCUGGGAACCUGGGAAAGCAAGACUGGAUAAACAAGGGAAGGUCAAUGCCUGGACGUCUGGACACAGUGACCAGUCCCAGUGGCUGCAGGUUGACAUGCUUCGGCCAACAAAAAUCACAGGCGUUAUUACCCAGGGGGCUAAAGACUUUGGACAUGUUCAGUUUGUCGGCUCCUAUAAGCUGGCUUACAGCAAUAAUGGCGAGAGAUGGCUUAUAUAUCAAGACGAAAAACAGAAGAAAGACAAGGUCUUUCAAGGAAAUUUUGAUAAUGACACCCACAGAAAGAAUGUGAUAGAUCCUCCCAUCUAUGCCAGAUUCAUCCGAAUUCUUCCAUGGUCGUGGUACGGAAGAAUCACUUUGCGUGCAGAGUUACUAGGAUGCACGGAGGAAGAGUGAAUACCCAUAUUCUUUAAUCCAUAUUCAAUAUAAACUGUGCUUAAACAUGUAAAAUUAAAAUUGGUUUCAUCUGAAUUUUCAAUUUUUGUAAUAUUAUGAUUUGUUUUUGUUUUUUUUUCCUAAAGAGGUUGGGUUUAGUCAUCUAUCAUGCCCUGCUUGUUUGUCCUUUUUAUGGUCUGUGCCAUUUGUUGAAUUAAUUCUUUCAAUUUAUUUUUUUUUUUUUUAAAGAGCUAAAUGGAGCAUGGGGUUUAUUUCACUGUGGUUUACGCAGUGGAACAAUAGCCACUGUACAGUGUCACUUUAAACCAGAACAAAAUGACAUGCAAUGCUUUUUGGGCCAUAAUCAAACACAUAACAGAAAAGAAUAACAUUAACGUAAAAUAUCGUUCUACUUUCAUUUUAACAGCAGGCCUGACUGAAGAAGUUAUAUCUCAGCUGACACUGACAUUGUUGUGUAGACAAUAAAUAUGAUGGUAUUGUAUUAUAUGUAAAAUGCUAAAUAACUGCAUGAUGCAAAAGUGAAUAGAAGUAUAAGACAACAACAUGUAUAAGUUCAAAUUAAAGCAUUUCGUAGAUCAUUUUUAUCAAUCAUUUCAAAUUUUUAUGAUCUGUUUUCCUGUACUUUUCUAGAGACACUGUUACAUGCCCCAUAACGUAAUGACAUGCCAUAAUAAAAGCAACAUUACAGUACUGGAAGCACCUAUUACAGACCAAUCUUAACUAAUUUCACACACAUAGACAACUGCUGGAAAGUUAUGAAGGUAAAGGUACAUUUACUUACAGGUUAUGUAGGCAGUCAAAAUAUAAAUUUGUCAAGAAAAUAAUGUCAUUGGAAAUUAAUCAUUUAGAGGUAUUUGAUGUAUAAAUUAUUGUUUGUUUAACUUCCAGAUGUCUCAGUUUUUCAGGCUGUUUACCUGUUAAUUACCUGUACUACUGUUUUUUUUUUUUUCUUGAUUGUAAAAUCCUCAGGAUAGAUGUCAUCUUUUUUUGUACUUACAAUCUUACGAUUAAA